AUGUGCGUCCUCCACAACUACCUCUUUCUAGCAGGGGGCAUUGCAUCAGGCGGUGAGCCCCGGGCCCGCCUUUCCGACAAGGUCUUCUGCUACAACCCCCUCACCGACACCUGGAGCCAGGUGCGGCCGCUGGCUCAGCCCCGCUCGCAGCUCAAGCUGCUGGCCCUGGACGGUUACCUGUAUGCGGUGGGGGGUGAGUGCCUCUUCACCGUGGAGAGGUAUGACCCACGGGCUGACCGCUGGAGCCCUGUGGCACCCCUACCCAAGGGUGCCUUCGCCGUGGCUCACGAGGCCACCACCUGCAAUGGGGAGAUCUAUGUGUCGGGAGGCUCUCUCUUCUACCGCCUGCUCAAGUAUGACCCCAAGCGUGAUGAGUGGCAGGAGUGCCCUUACAACAGCAGCCGCCGGCGCUCUGCUGAUAUGGUGGCCUUCAAGAGCUUCAUCUACCGCUUUGAUGUGAGCAGCGGCCGCAGUGGGGAGCAGGGCCCAGGUGGCGGAACUGGUGGUGGUGUCGAAGUUUUCCGGUACAACACAGUGGCCAAGUGCUGGAGCCAGUGUGCCAGCUUGCGGCCCAGCGGCGGCAGCCCCAUCCAGCCUUUCCGCUGUGCUCCCUUGGGCAAUACCAUCUACUGCGUCAACCGGACUGGCACCCUCCGCUUCAGCCUAGCUCUGGACAGCGAGGUGGAAGCAGAUGGCGGGCUCAAGGGCACCUUUGACAGGGAGCUUCUUAAAGCUCCCUUGGAUGCCAAGGGUGUCCUCCUACCCUUUGUGCUCACCCUGCCCGAGAGGCUGGAGAAAACAGGCGACCAGGAGGAUUCCCUCCCACUGUGA